AUGGGCUACACUGGUGUAAAACACGGGUAUCAUAAUUUCCUUUGCACUUUUAAGAAAAAUGUAGCAGUUUUUCUUGUAGUGCUUCAACAGGUUAAAAUUACACCUGGAGAGACAGUUAUUGCACUUGUAUCAAUAAUUCUUCUACUUAUGUUUCAGAUUUUAGAAAUUCUCAGGCCACUCGGACAGGAAAUGGCUGAAAAAUUCCUGAGUGCAGUGUCUGUUCGAGAAGAUGAAAUUAAGAAAGCACUCAUCCAGGAAUCAUUAAAAGAUACCGUAUAUCUCAAAGACUUCGACUGGAAUGUCAGGCUGGCAGUUGCAAGCGACAAGGUCCUGGAUCUGAACGAAUCCAUAAUGACACUCCAUCUUCACACAUCAAAUACAGACAAAGGCAACAAUACUUUGACCGUUGAAAUGUUGCCUGACCAGGUGGACAGACUGAUAGAACAGCUCAAAGGUGCACGGGAAAAGUUAGCUCACACAUCCAACUCGAGAUAAGAGACUGAUUGUCAUUCUGUGUUGCUCUUGUAAGUUUGUGAUUUGAUGUUGCAGCCUAUUUUAUUCCAGGCAUUUUGAUGAGUGGCAGGUUGACCAUGGUGAUCAUAUUUUGUUCCUAGAGAUAUG